AUGUACUUUGCCCUCUUGGCUUUGGGAUCCCAGAUAGAGGUGAUCCCUUGCAAAAUCUGUGGGGACAAGUCUUCUGGGAUCCACUACGGCGUCAUCACUUGUGAAGGGUGCAAGGGGUUCUUUCGUCGCAGCCAGCAAGGGAACGUGAUGUAUUCCUGCACCCGGCAGCAGAACUGCCAGAUCGAUCGGACCAGCCGCAACCGGUGCCAGCACUGCCGGCUGCAGAAAUGUCUCAGCCUCGGGAUGUCCCGGGACGCGGUCAAAUUCGGCCGGAUGUCCAAGAAGCAGCGGGACAGUCUCCACGCCGAGGUGCAGAAGCAGCUGCAGCAGCAGCAGCAGCAGGGCGGCGAAGGCUCUGCCGCCUACUCCCUGGGGGUGGCCAACGGGCAGCUCAAGCUGGCUCCCCCGCCGGACCUCCGGGAGGCCUCGGCCUGCUCCACCGCCCUCCUGAACGGGCAGGCCCGCCUCAGCCAGUCCCCGGACGAGACAGCCGCCGUGGCCUUCUCCAACGGCUUUGCCAAGGCCCAGAGCCUGCUGGGAGAAGACCUGCGGGGCCCCUUCACCAAGGGCUACAGCCCCGAGCGCAUCAAGAUGGAGGGGCGGGGAGGCCUGUACUACUCCCUGGAGGUGCAGGCGUCCCCAGAGCUCCUGCACCCAGACAUCAGCGGGGCAAAGCGGCUGGCAGGGGGCCAGGUCAGCAGUGAGAACCCCGACUUCUACACCACCCCAAGCUUCGCCAGCCUCUUGGAGUCGCCCAGCUCUUCUCUGAGCGAGAUUGAGCAUCUCACCCAGAACGUCCUCAAGUCCUAUCGGGAGACUUGCCAGCUGCGCUUGGAGGACCUGCAGCUCCUGCAGUGGCAGACUUUCACCAAAGAGGAAGUUGGGAGCUACCAGAAGAAGUCCGUGGAGGAAAUGUGGGAACGCUGCGCCUGCCGCAUCACCGAAGCCAUCCAGUACGUGGUGGAGUUUGCCAAGAGGAUGGGCAGCUUCAUGGAACUGUGCCAAAAUGAUCAGAUUGUGCUCCUCAAAGCUGGUGCCAUGGAAGUAGUUUUGGUGAGGAUGUGUCGUGCCUUUAAUUCUGAGAAUCGGACGGUCUUCUUUGAGGGCAAAUAUGCCGGCCCAGAGAUCUUCAAAUCGCUUGGCUGCAACGAGCUGAUCAACUCCAUCUUCGACUUUGCACAGAGCCUCUGUUCACUCCACUUCUCCGAGAACGAGAUCGCCCUCUUCACAGCACUAGUGCUUAUUAACUCAAAUCGCCCCUGGUUGCAGGAGAAGAGCAAGGUGGAGCAGCUGCAGAACAACCUGGAGCUGGCCUUCAAGCACAUGCUGCGGAAGAACCACCGGGAAGCCAUCUUGGCCAAGCUGCCACCCAAACGGAAGCUUCGGAAUUUGUGCUACCAGCACAUGGAGAAGCUGCGUUCCUUCCGUCAAAUGUACCCCGUCAUCGUCCACGCUGUCUUUCCGCCGCUCUACAAAGAACUCUUCAGUUCAGACUGCGAGCCGCUCCCGGGGGCGACGGGGGAAUGAUGCCAGCGCGCCACCCCAGCGAGACGGGAACAGCACCGAUUGGUCUUCUCCACACUCUCUGUCUUUCUCCUACUUCCUCUCUGGAAAGGACCCCGGAGUGGGAAGGGCGGGAGACCCCCGAGACCAAAAUCAAAGGCCGCACCUUGUGCAUUCCCGCACAACGGUCCACUGAGGGGCGGCUGGGGAGCGAAUGCCGUGGCUCUCGCACUUCUCCCAGCAACGUCGCCUCCUCAGACAUGCCCUCCUUCCCUUAAGGAAGCACCGUGGGCCCGCUGGCCCACCCCUCGUUGCGCUGAGGGGGAUCAGCAACGGUUUACGAAGCGGUUUCAGAAAAUGCUUGGAAGUUUGCCGCCGUUAAAGUGUCAAGUAUUAAUUAAGGGGAGAGUCUUGCCGACAAAGAAAGCUCUUGCGAGGAGAGCGCUUUCGCCAUGACAUGGUCUCAUUGGAGGGGCAAAGCCCAGAUAGCUGCCCAAGUUUUAACACCGCAGCCAAUAUGGCUGAUUCUGGUAGCCCAGAAAUACCUCAUUUUGCUGUCUAAUGGCAUGAGACUCAACCAAGCUGUUUAUUUUUUUAAAACCAAGUUUUUAAGAAAGAUUAUUAUAUA